CUAUUUUGUUUUUGUUUUUUGCUUUUUUGCUUUUUUAACUACAUGACUAGGCAUUGCAUGUGCACAUCUAGUAGUGCAGAGUCGCGCUUUGAAAAUGACUGGUCCAGACCGCAGUCCGCAUAACGCGCAUUGGUCUAAACAUGUAUGGGUUUACUACUGUACUCCAGUUAAUUUUAUCAUGCAGGAUCUCAUGACACCUUGACCUAUUAUUUUGAUAUGACGUUGGGGGAGACGGCCUUCUAACCUUCCUUUUACCCUUCAUGAUAGUAAUGAAAUAACUCUUAGCGGUGUGGAAAUUGAUACCCCGGCUAAGGAUACUACUGGUGCUGAUAUUCAGCGGGAAACUUGAGGAAAGAGGGAAUUUCCAGUGCGGACAGUUUCUAUCGCAGAUAGCGCGUCAAACAAUAAUGGCAAUCGUACAUAUUGUUCUGUUUCAAUAUAAAGAGUCAACAAGCCUCGAAGACGUCGAAAAUGCAUCUGCCCAGGUUCUGGCGCUGAAAGAUAAUUGUUUGCACCCAAUAACUCAAAAGCCCUAUAUAAAAUCCUUUGUUGGGGGUAAGGAUCAUUCCCCCGAGAAUGCUCAGCAUGGCAUGACACAUGGAUUUGUGGCCGAGUUUGCGUCUUUGGAAGACCGGGAUUACUAUGUCUCCACGGACCCUGUACAUCUGGCACUUGGAAGACAAAUUGGACCGCUGGUUGAGAAGUUCCAGUGUGUGGACUUCACCAAUGGAAUUUUGACAUGAUUCGAAAGGAUAUAAAGGAUACUAUGGAGUAUCUUUCAAAUGACCAACACCAGAGAUUAUUCUCAUUGAAUAGGAUAGUAGAAUAUAAAUAAGU